ACAGCUCGCGAAGCACGACGUAGCAGACUUUACUUCGAUUCGUUCGAUUCCUUUGCACUCAUUCAAAUCCUCAUCACCAACCGCCUCGAAGCAAGUGCAGCCAAGGACCUCCUUUGCAAAUCAACUUUCCCUCGGUUGCAAUUUCCACCAUGCUGCCAUGGCGUCCUCUCGGGAUGCUGGUCUUUGGCUUGAGUGUCAUAUUCCUGUUUAUCCGCCUGCACGGGGACGGAUACGAUUUCCCAGUUGAAGUGGUCGAGUGCGAAGACAAGCUCGAGUUCAUGAAAACACCCGACCGAACGUUUGUUGAGCUCUCCGGCGUGUAUCAUGACCACUUCCGGGACUCUCACAUCAACCGGGAUCACACCCCAACAGGAGAUGACCAUACCGGCAUUGACGGCGAUGAUAAAUCAAAAGAACAUGGACAAAAGUUCAUGGGUGGUUGGAAUCCACACUGGCAUCUAGGCAAGAAAAAGACGGCAAAGAGUGAAGACGACAUGGAUAUCCUUCAGGGCAAUAGCAGGGAUGACGAGCAAUGGAUCUGGAUGACCAAUAUUUGGCAUGCAGACAGCGAAUGUGGUCCAGGACACUUGCGACAGUACAGACGAAGAUUGGAUCAUGUACUCGCAAGCGACAACUCAUCGACAUGGGAGUUGAUGUAUACACACAAGUUUCCAGGACCUAUUACUCACUCGUCGCUUUCGAAGCGCAUCAUCCCAGAGACUAAUUCGGAUGUGGAGCCGCAGGAAACUCGUGAACAGAGAGGAAAGGAGGCGAUUCGAUUGGCGGUUGUCUAUAAGAUCGUUCGAGACGAACAUGUUGCAUACCACAGCCGUGUAUAUCAUUUUGGUAUCUAUGAAAGCAGUACCGAUCUGAAAGAGUGUGAAUCGACGUCGACAGAGACCUGCCAUACAUACGCGCCGUUUGUGAGCUUUGAUUUUGUCCUUCCAGGAUCGACGCCGAUCAAAGACUUCACUCUCGAGCACGACACAAUUCUCUACUCAAGGAUGAGUGAUACAGCUGCUUUCCGAACCUUGAAGCUGCCGCCACUUAAGCCUGGUGCCACCUCGCCAGAUCGUCCGUACGCCCUGCCAUAUGGCCUGUCUGGACCCUCUUUAAGUUGCAGGGAGAAAAAGAGUGUGCCGUAUCGCAUGAGUUAUCUGGCGAAGGUCCCGUCCAACACUGAAAGCGACGAUUUCCAUGUCAUGAUGGGCCAAGUGCAGGAGUACGCUAAUAAAUGGGAGUAUCAGCUUUCCAUCGCAACUGAGGCCACAGAGGUCGUUACGGGGAACAAGAAGUGGCUAACGGAUCAGCAGUGGCCGACGCGUCAAUACCAAUCGUUGGUCCAGGAGAACGACAUGAUCAACGACGAGCCUCAGGUAUAUGGUGUCUCUGUCCAGAAGCCCUACUUAAUUAGAUCUGCAGACGGAACCUCGAUCCACUUACCCAUCAAGGAUGCCAUCAUAAGCCUGGAAACCCGCGACCACUCUAAUCUGGAAAAUGUGCUCAAAAACAUGAACUCGUUGGACUCGGAAAGCACCCAGCAUGUAAUCGAACUUGUUAGUCACCACAAGUACGACCGCACCGCCCGCUUUCAGCGUCAGCGUCCACAAAAGCGAAAGAUGGGAGCGGAGCACUACCUGAUUCCAAGCUCGAACUUCAAGGAGCAAUGGACGGAGAGCCAUAUCGCUGCUGGGUCCUUGGACACGAUCGAUACUGACAAGGGAACGGUCAACGACGCGACGGAUGUCAUGGUUCUGAGAACAACGCGCAAUGGAAUCUUAAUCUUGAAAAGAGAUAGGGGAGCUCUCGGAUUUGGCCAUUGGCGACUCUCUAUGAUUAUGAACGAUGAAUAUUACAAUCCUGCCCUUGGAAAUAUGGUCAGGAGGGAGGUGCUAGCAAUGAAGAUUGUUAGUGUUGCCGUACCUGCCCACAAAGAGAUAAAAGAUGACGCGAUGGGUGUUUACAAUGACGGCGACGUCUCUUCGUCACCCGGCUUCCAGGUCACGAGUGAAGGGCCCCGUCCAAUUGUAACAGCUACAGCUGCCAAGGAGAAGGGUCCAGGCAUCUCAGAGACGCGCAUUCACAACAUUCUCUUAAUGGUAUACGGUGAUGGAAAGGUUCGCGGAUACGACUUGAACCAGGCCACCGAAUCCUCUUCGUUCGUUCUGUUCCUGACAGAAAAGUACCCUGUUGUCAUCGGCAUGUUAGCGGUCGUGGUUGCGUUUGUUAUUAAUGAAGCCCGUUGAAGGCGCGUGCACGCCUGCAGCAGAGGUACAACCAAAGAGACAUAUCGUAGAAGGCCCGAGUAGCUAUUCUACCCAGCGCUGGGGUCAAUAGAUCAAUAAAAUGUUUCUCAUCUCCCCUUCCCUCCUUGCGCGCGCAUGCCCCCCUGUUGAUCGACUCAACUUAGUUUCAAGGGUGUUGUGCACGGAACCCCCAGCGGAAUGUAAAAAUAGUAGCGCACCGGUCCAGGGGUGACCUGGUACGUGCGG